ACUCUCUUCCACACAGCUCAUUAUGCGGCCAACAAGAAUUCGUCUGGCAGGGCGCCCCUCCAUCACGGGCUUUGACCCCAAGAAGCUGGCUGCAGCAUCGAAGAAUGCGAAAGGAGACCCCUGGGCACGAUACGAAGCGUGGCGAUAUACAGGCCCUUUCACGAGGUGGAACCGCUUCAAGGGCUCCUUCCCCGGCCUAGGCAUUGCGACUGUGGCUUUCGGCGUGUACCUAGUCGCGGAACAACUUUUCUUCAAAGAUGAUCACCAUGGACACGACGUACAGGGCGGGCAUACGCAUAUAUCGUAAAAGGGAGAGGGUCGAUAUCUGAAAGACACUGUGCUGAAAUGCUGUAUACAUAUAGUUCAUCCAUUCGAUGGUGAGGGAAAUAAGCAUGCAUAACUUUACUACACGUCAGUGCCAGUAGUACGGUCUUCUCGACGCAUCAGAACAUGGGCUUGGAAACAACAAUGCACAAGAAGCUUCAUCUCUAUUGGAGCAUUACCAGCGAGCU